GUGACGUCACGACGUGUUGACGCCGCUUUGGCCGUGUAGUCGAGGCGUCGGUAAUUUUCUUGUAAAUAUAUUUGUCAAGAUUUUUUCCUCACAGUGCGAAUGACAGUCCGCGAGGGACAUCGACACAUUUCAUGUAGUAUAAACCAUCGAAGAAUCCACUCCAUGGAGGUCGUAGACAGCCCGCUCAACCUCGCUCACCAGCAGUGCAGGAAGGCGGACCGUUUGGUAGCUGCUGGGAAGUACAAAGAGGCCAUCUCCUGCCAUGGAAAAGCAGCAGAGCUUCUGACCGAUGCAAUGAAGACAACAGACUGUGAGCAGGCUCGUCUGUCCAUGGAGCUGCAGAGGGACAGUCAUAUCAAACAGCAGCAGCUGAUCCAAGAACGCUGGAAGAGGGAAGCUCGACGUGAGGCAACGAGGGCCCGAUCCGCUGCGAUGCAGCCCUCCGCUGUCCCAGGCCUCCUGGUCCAUACUCAGUCCACCGGACACCCCGGUCUCUCAGCUGCAGAGAGUGGAGGCGUCAGGGAGAGAGAGUACGACACCUUACUCUACCAGCUUCAGACUCGGCAGACUGGAGGCUGCCAGCCUUUGACUCCCCAGUACCCCGGAUCAAAGACCACCAAAGAUGACAAAACUCGCUUGGAAGAGCAACAGACCACCAUUGAGGACCUGCGGCGCCUGGUCGAUCACCUGAUGAACGAGAAUCAGCAGCUGGUGGCCGAGAACGAGCGGCUACGGUCGGAGAACGCCAGGCUGCAGUCCGAGGCGGCGGACUUUGUGGAGCGCUCAGAGCUCUGGGUGCUCCCACAGUCGGCCGCUGCCAUGCCAACGGGGGGUGGGCAGGAGAGGAAGAGCACAGGGAAGGGGAAGGAGAUUGCAAUCCCUCAGCUGCCACCACUGGAAAUGCCAGCUCAGGAAGAUCUGUGUCUAGAUGACCUGCCGCCUCUGGAGCUGCCAGAGGACAUCCAGAAUGAACUACAGGAGCUACUGGACAGGGAUAAACUGUGAUUAGACAGAUAUUAUCACACACACACACACCACACACACAUCUACACAAAUAUGGCUUUUGAGUUGAGCUGCCAUGACUGAUGAGACUCCAGCUCAGGUUGUAGGUGGACAGACCGAUCACCCCCAAACUGUGCACUAGUUAGAAUCAGUCCGCCAGACAGUUCUGCUUCAAAUGGUGCAAUAAACCGACAGGAGGGAGAGGAGAGAUCUGACCAGGCAGAUUACCACUAAUGCAAGACAGUGAAGGAACAGUUCAUUCAGAAAUGAUGUCAAUGGAGACAUCAGUGAAGCCAGAUGUUAGCAGUGAGCUCUGUAUCAGCUGUCAGGAACAUGUUCCUCAUUCAGAGUCCACUUAUCUGGGUUUUCAGGAGCUUUUAACCAUGUCUUAUGGUCUUCCGUGGUGUUUCCAAAUCACUGAAAUGCCCUGUUUGGCUCUUUUAUUUCCACAAAAACUGAGCAGAAACCACCAGGUCCAGUUCAUGAUUAGUAGGUAGAUGUUGAACUUUGCCUUUUGUGUGUUUGUAUUUUACUGUUUGGACACAGCUAACUGUGUCCAAAUGUAACUGAAUAACUCUAGCAGCAUCAUUUCAAUGUUCUGAAGCUCAACAAUGGUGCGUUUGUGUCUGUGUCAACACAGUAGUAAGACAAAAUGUUGUAUGACACAGAAAGAUAGCAUCAUGUGGGGGUCAGCCAGUACGGGAAAAAAGAAUCAGUUUUCUCUGUUUAAUUUAUGAGAAAUUAUGUUCCAUUGUCUUCAUGUGAAUCAUUAUAUUUUUGAUCAUUUGUGUUAUUCUAAAAGGGAUUGUGUGUCCUGUCUUCUACUGGAACAGUGCCUGGAAAUUCAGAGCAUUUCUGAAUGAAAUCCGCUGAAGAUGCCUCUAGUGGUAGUAGGCUGGAAUAAUCCUGGACUUUGGGCGCCGUCGUCAACUAGUUCAGCUUCAAAACACUCGAUAUGCUGCAUGAGCUGUUCACCAAUCAAUUCAAGUUAUCUCCUGUGAGUUGUGCCUGAUUUGGUGCUCUGCCAGAACGUGUUCCUCGUGUCCCCAGAGAACGCAUAAAUGUAACCGACCUGCUGUUCCACUGAUGGACAGACUGAAGCGAUGCUUGACUGUGGCUGGUUCAUGACUGAAUGCUGACUUUUUGGAUGAACUGCUCCUUUAAAGUCUGCAGCAACUCAACCAUGUCCCAGUAGUGACAGAGGUACUGGUCUAACACUACCACACACACACACACAUACACACACACGGAUCUGGAUCAUGUGAGUGGAAUUCAGUCACACGAGAGCAUAUUGCUGUUGUUGAGGAAAAACUACAUUGCUGCGUUUUUUUAUUUUCUCAUAGCUGACUUAAAUUAAAGGCUUUAAUGAUC